AUGCGCCGGAAGGCCCUGCUGGCCAUGCUCGCGGGGCUCGCGGGCGCGCUGCGGCGCUGUUCCCUGCGCCUCACCGCCGGCACUCGCCUGCGCGCCGCCAGCGGCGCCCCCGAAUCGACGCGCCUCUGGUCGGCGACGGACGUGCUGCAGUUCGCGAGGUCGCCCUUCGCCGCGUGGAUGGACCGGCGCUACGCGUCGGCGACCGGCGACGACCGCGCGGCGCUCGACGCGCUGCGGGAUCCGCCGGACGCGUUCGCGUCCCUGCUCGCGCGGCGCGGCGACGCCUGGGAGCGCGACGUCCUCGCGGCGCUGCGCCGCGAGCGCGACGUCGUCGACCUGAGCGGCGCCGCGCGGCGCGUGCGCGGCGACCCGGCGGGCGCGACGGCCGCGACGCUCGAGGCCAUGGAAUCGCGCGCCGACGUCAUCUACCAGGCGCCCGUCGCCGACGCGACGUUCCUCGGCGUGCCCGACUUCCUCGUGCGUUUAGACGACGGGUCCUACGCCAUCUGGGACGCGAAGCUGAGCCGCCGCGCGGCGCCGAACCACGUCAUGCAGUUGUGUUGUUACCAGGGCAGCACAAGAGAGCGAAAUUCCCAACUUCAAAGGCUCAUAUCUCGGCCAUUUUUUACUCGCUGCUACGCGGAGCUCCUCGGCGAGAACGGGCGACGCAUCGACGCCGCGGGCCUCGUGCUCGGCGGCGGCGACCCGCUGCGGCCGUCGGACAUCCCCCUGGGCCAGUACGGCGCGAGCUGGCGGCGCCUGCGCCACCGCUUCCUCGACUUCGCGGCCGCCGCCGACGCGGCCGCGGACGACCCGUUCGACGCGGCAGCCGCGCCGGCGCCGCGCGGCGACGUCGCCCGGGACGCCCACGGCCGCUGGGGCGGCCUCGCGGCGCGCUUGCUCGCGGACAGGGACGACCUCCACGCGGGCGUCGCGGGCAUCUCGCGGAAGCAGGCCGCGGCGCUUCGCAAGGCCGGUUUGGACACGUGCUCGCGCCUCGCGGAUCUGGAGCCGCGGCGCGCGCGCGUCCCCGGCGUGCGGCCCGACGCGCUGAAGCGCCUCGUCGCCCAGGCGCGCCUCGCCAAGGCCGGCGGCGUCGCCUGGGCGGCGCUGCCCCUGCCGUCGGACCUCGCCGAUCUCGUCGAGCCGGCGCGGGCGAGAACGAAGCCCUGCCCCGUGCCCGCGGCCCACGCCCUCGACUGCUACUUCGACCUCGAGGGCGACCCCUUCCUCGGGGACCGCGGCCGCGAGUACCUCUGGGGCGUCUCGGAGGCGGCGGCCGGCGGCCUGGCCUACAGCGGCGCGUGGGCGCACGACGAGCGGGCGGAGCUCGACGCCUGCCGCGCCUUCGUCGCCGGCGUCGAACGGCGCCUCGAGCGGAGCGACGGCGGCGCCCACGUCUACCACUACGGCGCCUACGAGCUCAGCGCGCUCCGGCGCGUCGCCGCGUCCGCGGACCGCGACCUCGAGCGCCGCGUCGAGGACCUCAUCGGCCGGGGCGCCUUCGUCGACCUCUACGACGUCAUCAAGAAGCACGUGCUCGUCGGCGAGCCGCGCUACAGCCUCAAGAACGUCGAGAAGCUCUACCGGCGGCGCGGCGGCGACGGCGUGAACGACGCCGCGAGCUCCGUCGUGGGCUACGAGGUCUGGCUCGAGGGCGGCCAAAGCGACGACGCGCUGCUCGCGGAGCUGUUAGCCUACAACAAGGACGACUGCGACUCGACGGCGGAGCUCGUCGCGUGGCUGCGGUCCGCGUUCCCGACGCCCAGGGCCGCGCCGCCGGAGCCCCCCGAGGACGGCGCGCUCGCGUCGCCCGUGGCGACGGCGGAGGACGAGUGCCGCGCGGCGACCAUCGCCGCCUGCCUCGCGGGCGCCGACGACGCCGGCGACGCCGCCGCGGGCUGGCUCGACUACCACAAGCGCGAGCUCCGGCCGCUCUGGCGCCAAAAGGCCGAGUGGAUGCGCGCGCCGGGCUGGCAGCUCGCCGACGACGAGCGCUGCGUCGGCGCCUGCGCCGUUGUCGGCGUCGUCGACGCGCCGGCGGGCGGGCGACGGAAGCGCGCGACCUACGACAUGCGCUUCGAGGCGCCGCAGCCCUCGAAAUUACGCGCUGGCGACGCGGUGCUCAUCCGCGACGACAGCCUCUACGAGGAGGGCGGCUUCGACCAGCUGCGGCGCGGCACGCUCGUCGGCGACCCGAAGCCCGACGGCACGCUGUCGCUGCUGGCCUCGGAGCCGCCGCCGUUCCGGUGCUCGCUUAUACCCGACGAGUUCGUGAACCCCGCGCCGCUGCCCCUCGCGGCGCUGACGAACGUCCGGAACGUCCUCGACGGCCGGGACGGCCCCCUCGCGGCCUUCCUGGCGCGGAAGCCGCCGGCCUUCGCGGGCGUCGAGACCGGCGGCGACGUCCUCGGGCCGUUCCUUUGCGGCGACGGCGACGCGACGCGCGCGGCCGUCGACGCCAUCGCCGCCCUCGACGGCUCGGCUUUAGCAGUCCAGGGCCCGCCGGGCACGGGCAAGACCUACCUCGCCGCGCGGGCCAUCGCGCGGCUUCUGGAGGAUGGGAAAAGAAUCGCUCUAUGCGCGCCGUCGCACGCGACGGUCGCCAACGGCGUCCUCGCGGCGCUCGCCGUCGUCGCGCCGUCGGACUCCAUCAAGGUCGUCAAGGUGGGGGGGCGGCGCCGUUCCAAGGCGCCCGGCGCCGAGGACCCGGAGCGCGAGCUCGCGGAGACCGCGGGCGUCGAGUGCCGGCCGCGUCUCGACCAGACUCUGGUCGACGAGUUCCUCGGCGGCGGCGCCGUCCUCGUGGGCGGCUCGGCCUGGGCCUUCGCGCGCGACGAGGCGCGGGGGCGCUUCGACUACCUCUUCGUCGACGAGGCGGGCCAGGUGCCCGCCGCGAACGUCGCGGCGAUCGCCGGUUGCGCGUCGAACGUCGUCCUCCUCGGCGACCAGAUGCAGCUGCCGGCGCCCCAGCGCGCGGCCCACCCCGGCGAGCUCGCCGGCGCGUCGGCCCUCGAGUACUACUCCCUCGGGCGCGGCGACGGCGGCUCGCUGCCCGCGGACGUCGGCGUGUUUCUCGACGUGUCCCGGCGGCUCCACCCGGCGCUCUGCGGCGCCAUCUCCGAGCUCGUCUACGGCGGGCGCCUGCGCGCCCACGCCGACGCGGCGAAGCGCACCGUGCCCGGGGCAACGGCGCUCGCGUCCGCGGACGCGGGGUUGGUCGUCGUGGACGUCGAGUCGUCCGCGGAUCGCGGCGACGUCGCGACGGCGAAUCUGGAGGAGGCCGCGGUCGUCGCGCGCGUCGUCGGCGACGUGCUCGACCGCAAGGUCUUCCGCGACGGCGACGACGAGCGGCCGCUCGCGCCCGGGGACGUCCUCGUCGUCUGCCCCUACAACGCGCACGUCCGCGCGGUCGAGGACGCGCUCGAGGCCGCGGGCGUCGCGGGCGUCAAGGUCGGCACGGUGGACCGCUUCCAGGGCCGCGAGGCGCCCGUCGUCGUGGCGUCGCUCGCCGUGGCGACGGGCGACGACGAGAACGACGGCGACUUCGACGCGCCGUCGGGGCUCGCGGGCGGCCGCGGCGUCGCCUUCGCGCUCGACGCGCGGCGCCUCAACGUCGCCCUGUCGCGGGCCCAGUGCCUCGCCAUCCUCGUGAGCGCGCCGGACCUCGCCGACGGCGCGCCGUCGAGCCUGGAGCGCAUGCGCGAGCUCGCGAUGCUCGCGCGGCUCCGCGAGUUGGCCGCGGAGCGGACGACGGCCGCGCCCGCGGACUUUGGAGAGAUCCCGUCGGAGUUGGUAGUCGUGCGCGUGAGCUGGGCCUUCAAGGCCUGGGGGUCCACGGCGAAGUUCGCGCGGCCGACGUUCUCGCCCUUCGCGCGCAGACCGCCGUCCAUGCAGUCCUGCAUCGUCGCCGCGGCGCAGAUCAUCGCCGAGUACGAGCGCGCGAUCAAGUCCGACGACGCGCCGGCGCUGCCGUGCGUCUCGCCCGAGACGUCGGCGAAGCUCGAGACGGCGGGCUCCUGCGCGGCGGCGACGUCGUACCGGGGCUUCGUCGUCGGCCGCGCGGCGUCCCGCUUCCUCUGGCUCGCGGUCUGCAUCGCCUACGCCUUCGUGCGCAAGGUCGUCGUCGCCAUCCUCUGCGUCGCGAAGGGCGCGCUCGUGACGGCGCGCGUGUCGGCCCAGGCCGCGCGCGCGGCGGCGUACGUCGCCGAGUGCGCGCGGAGCGGCUUCGUCGCGGCGUCGACGGCGUCCUUCGUCGUCGCGGGCCUGGCGCUCGAGUACGGCAUCCGGCUCUACGGCGCGAUCCGCGUCCGCGCGGAGCCCUUCCUCCGGGCGCGCGCGCCCGAGGCCUGCAAGUUCCUCUUCCCGACGUCGCCGAAGAAGGACGUCGACCUCGAGGCCGCCGUCGAGAGCGUCGCCGUCUCCCCGAAGUCCGACUCCCCGACGAAGCGCACCCCGAAGACGCCCGCGCCGCAGCCCCGCUGGGUCAAGACGCCCGGCGCGGAGGACCAGUGA